AUGACUUCUUUAACCACAGAUCUUCUGUUCAUCAACUCAUUAUCAAUUAACCAGGAGCACUUCCUCAAGAAGUUUUUGAUCGAAGAACAGCUUAAAAAUGAACUUCAUUUCUUAUCAAAACCUCGAUGUCUUGAGUACAUGGGUCCACCCUUCCGUACUUCUGAGGAAAAGAAGGAGGUAAGAUUACCACUUCUCCGAUACUUUUUUUCUGAAUUUGUCCAAUCUUUUCCCUUAAUCACCAGUAAUCCUGUUGAUGAGCAGUUAAGUUUCUGGAGGGAUACUGUUCAACCAUUUGUCGAAAGCUUCAACUCCAAGCACAUUUCCGAAGGUAUCGAGAGGAAAGAGCAAAUCACCAAACGCAAUCAAGUUAAUCGUAGAUUGCUCUCAGGUCUUUUACUUUUUUAUAGUUCCAUGAUCAUUAGUCCCCGGGACCCCAAGUAUCUCGCCUCAGAACACCUAAAGCUGUCUGACCAAGGCAAGCUCGAUAAGAUUAGCAAAGGCCCCCUGAAGGGAACUUUCAGUAUUCAAGAUUACCAGAAACUCAGAUCUCUAGAAGAUUACCUGCGAAUGUCUUUUGUGAAUGAUGUACACUUGAAUAUAAUUGCUGUGGUCUCUCAAAAUGAGGUGACGCAAGAAAUUACCCAAUCAUGGGGAACUAGUGCUAUAAAGUUAUUCUCAAUGACAAAGUCUAAACCAGAGAGACUGCACUACAAGUUUAUCCUUCAUGUUGUUCAGCGGAAAUGGGUGGAAGGUACUGUUGAAUAUGAUUCGUAUUUCUUGCGCAAGUCAUACCUGGACUUCAAGAAAUUGGAACAUGGCCUC